AAACAUUGUUCUGUAUGAUUGUGUUUCGAGUUAUUGCUUUUUCGAUUAACACAAGUAUUGUGUAUUAAGAAAUGGCAGUAGAUUUGGAUCCAAAUGAUCCUGAAGUACGAUUAUCACAAUUUCUUUAUGUUGGAAAAGAAUAUCCUGAUUAUCAACCUGGGAAUUGGUUUGUUCAUAACUACUUUUUGGCUAAAAAUGUUCCAUCCAUUGAAGAAUUAGCUGAAAAUACAGAAAAACAAUUAUUACCAAUUCAAAUUAUUAUAAAAGCAUUUGAAAAUAAUCUUGUUCCAAAUCCAGAAACAUUGGUAUUUGCUCUUGCUGUUUGCUGUAGACAAAUGAAAAGUGAAAGUUUACGUCAUGCAGCAUAUGCAAUUUUGAAUAAAAUUUGUGUAUUGCCACAACAUUUUAUUUUAUUUAUAAAAUUUGCUUCUCAAAUAAGUAAACAAAAAGAACUUGAUACAACUAGCAAUUCGAAACAUGGAUGGGGUCAAGGCUUAAGAAAAGCUGUAAAUAAUUGGUAUUUAUCAAAAACACCAAUGGAAUUAGCAAAAUGUGUUACAAGAUACAAAGGCAGAUAUGGUUGGAAACAUAAAGAUAUCAUAAAAUUGUCUCAUCCUGUACCCAAUAAUCUUGGAGAAGAAAUGAUUCUUAAAUAUAUAAUACGUGGUUUAGAAGAAAUGAAAAAAUCAUAUGGAGAAGAUCCUACACUUACAGAAAUUCUAGAAUAUAUUGAACAUGUUGAAGAUUUUAAACAUUGUACAGAUGAAGUUAGAGCAGCAGGUCUUUUGGAAAUGUAUAAAUUAACAUUAGAUCAUGUACCUGGACAUUUAUUAAAAUCCAAAGAAGUUUGGAAUGCAUUAAUACCAUCAAUGAACUUAAUUCUGCUUUUGACCAAUUUACAAAGAAUACAUAAUCUUAAAUUAUUAAAACCAUCCUCACCAACAAUCUCUAAAAUAAUAGAUCAAAUCACUAAUGAAGAAAAUAUUGCUAGAGACAAAGUUCAUCCAGCUUUAAUAUUGGUUACGAUAAGAGAUUAUGAAAAUUCUGGAAAACCACUAACAUAUGAAAAAAGAAAAAUUAAAGAACAAUUUGAGAAACCAUUACCAACUCCAUCUAAGCCAAAUUCUAAAAUCAUUGAUGCUCUUUAUAAAAUGUUGAAUCUUUCAUUUCUCCACAUACAACCAACUGGUUUACGUUAUAUGAUAACAAUUAAUAUGAACAAAGUAAUGAUAGAAACACAUACUUGGCGUAGUGGUAAUAUAAAUGGUGCAGAAGCAGGAUGCAUAAUUGCACUUGCACUUCUUCGUAGUGAGAAGAAUGUCACUAUUGCCACAUUUAAAAAUAUUGGAAUUCACGUUAUGAAUAUUGAUAAAACAGCUUCUUUUGGUCAAACUAUGAAAAGACUGCAACAGAUGCCUGUUGGAAAUGUAAAUUUGGGUAAACCAAUGUCAUGGGCAGCUCAUCAGAACAAUAAAUACGAUGUAUUUAUUAACGUUGUAGAUCAAAUAUUAGAAAAAUCUGAUGCAUCUGAAGAGGCUCUUCAGGCAUAUAAAACAAAACUUAAACUUACAAAUACAAAAUUAAUAAAUUGUGCUGUAUGCUCUUCAUCGACUUAUCGCAAACAAAAAAUUGACAAAAGUAUUUUAACAAUUAAUGGUUUUGAUGCUAGUGUUCCUAUAGUUAUACAAGCUUUUGCAAAAUCUUUGUUUUAGUUACUAUAUACAUAGCAAUUUCUUUUUUGGCAAGCAGUACUAGCUAAACAAUUAUUACGCUUUUAAAAUGACAUUAAUUUGAUUCUUAAAGAAAUAAGUCUAAAAUAAUUUUUGUGAGAUCAUUAAUUAAGAAAUACUUCGAAAUAUUUAGAUUACAAUCAAAUUCAUAAAAUAGUUUUAAAUAAUUUAUAAAUGUUGCUAGUCUGAUACUUGUAUAACAAUCAGAGCAUGCACUUGUUGAACCAAGUAUAUAAAAUUUUUAAAUUAGAACUAAAAUGACUAUCAAAGCAUGGCUUUUUUAUUUGUAAGUAUCAUAAAAAUUGGUAAGUAAUUCAAAAUUUUUAUUUAUAAAAAAUUUGUUAUGAAAAUGAAGAAAAUUAUUUUAAUCAUAAUAUUUGACUAUUCAAA